UAAGAAAUAAGCGAUUGAACAUUUUAUUCUUGUCCAUUUUUAUUUUAUAAUAAGUCAGAUAAUAAUACAAAUAUAGUAAUAUUAGAAGCUACCAAAAUUACCCUGUUUAAAUUCUCUUUUUAAAAAAGAUGAACCAUAAAAGCAAUCGUUGUAUUUAUACAAUAGAAUCUUUAAUUAAUAAUGAACCAGAGAAAAGUAUUACAGACUCAAGUGUAUCAUCUGCUAAAUCUUAUUUAGAUGAAAGAUCUACGGAUAAUUGGGACCGUUUAAACGUUGAUAGAAUAUCUUCAUUAUCUGAUACAUGUUAUCCUUAUCUUGAUGAUGGACUAAAAUCAAUAAAAUACUUAGAAGUAGAGAAAUUCUUUCCCGGUAUGGAUACAAACAAAUGUCACUUAUAUUGUCAAUGUUCAGUUAAUGAAAAAAAUCUCGUUGAACAAUUUAUUUAUUCAUUCACACAAUUUCACCGCUAUAAUUUACCAAAUAUAAAUCAAUUAUAUAAGUUCAAUUCUAUUCAAAGUAUACAAAAACCACACGCAAACCUCGACGAAGACGAUGAACCCUUAGAUUUGUCAAUGAAAACAGUUUCAUGUGGAAGUAGCCAACAAGAAAAUAUGUAUGGCACUGAAUCUUGUGAAAAGGCAAAUAAAUGUUCACAUAUUUACUGCAAUUGUUCCAACCAUGUAACCUCUAGAAAUUAUUCAAAUGAAGAUAACAGUUUGUGGACGACAAAUCUACUGGAAAUGCCAGUCCUACUAACACAAGAAGUCUAUUCAACACAAUCAGACGAAAGUGCAAACACUACAAAUAAUUCAUAUUAUAAAACAGACGAAUCACUAUUUUGUUCAGUUAUGAAAAAUUCAUCAAGAAAUAAACAAUUCAACCAUCAUCAACAUGAAAUAAAUUCAAAUAAUCCUACAUACAAUAACACAUGUAAUUUAAAUAAAGAAAUAAGACGUCCAUAUACAGAAGCUGAAUUGUCAGCAGCUGUUAAAGCUAUUUGUUUUGGACGAUUAGGAACUCGCAGAGCAGCUAGUGUUUAUGGUAUACCGAGAUCUACACUAAGAAAUAAAAUAUGCAAACUAAAUGAAUUGAAAAAGUUAGAAGAAAAACGUCUAGGUGGAAAAUCAAUUGUAUUAUCAGAAUUUCUAUUGAAUUUAUUUCAACAAACAAAAUCCUGUUACGAAUAUUCAUCGGGUAAGAAAGAUUGUUUAAAUCCAUCACUUCUAAAUAAUGAUUCGACAAAUCUAGUUGGUAAAAAUUCAAAUCUAGAUGGUCAGCUUACAAAACUACAAUAUACAAAGGAAAUGAAACCUCGAUCACAAAAGAAUUCCACUGGCUACUUGAUGCAUACAGCAAGUCGAGUUGCUUCGAUUUUUCAGGUAAAUUGUCGAAGGAGUUAUGUGCACAAAAAAACUUUGGAUAACAAAUCAAAAAAUGGAAUAGAUAAACAAAUGUAUUCAAGAAAAUUAUCAAUAAAUCCUAAACUCCGUUAUGCAGCACAUCAACAACAGAUUCCCCAGUAAUAUUAUUAUUAUAAUGAAGUUGACCAAUAUAACCAUAUUAAUUACAGCGAAGACAUUUUGUAGUAUUUUGCUUCUGAAUAGUUAAUUCAUUUGUAUUUCAUUUAAGAAUAUGUAGCUAAUAAUCUUGAGAAGCAGAGCAGAAAACAAUGAAUUAGAUUUUUCUAAAACAAAUAUAUCAAAUCUCGUUUGUAUACAGGUGUAUAAACUGAUUAAAUGUGUUUUUCGAAUAUAACUUUAAUGAAUUACCCUGAAAUUACAAAUUCAUGAGAAUAUACAAGAAACUGGAAUUGAUACUUUUUAAUCGAUAACAACAAUAGAAGAGGCUCUUCUCAGAUGCAUACUUCUCGCUUACUUAUUGACGUCAUAAUUACAACUAAUUGAAAUGUUCAUUUUUAUGUCUCGCAAUUUUUACCAUUUAUCGAUUUAUCUGUCUUCGUACUACUAAUCUUUCACAGCAUAUAAUCCUGUUUUCAUCAUAACAUUAAAAACG